AUGGGUCGAUUGUUUGUGGAACUUGGGCUCGAAGAAGCUAUUGCGAAACAAAACGAUUUCGACCAAAGGAUCGUCAAUGUUCUGAAGAAGCAAGAGCCAGGGGCUGACGGAUGCUUCAAAUCUCUUCUGGUGGGCUUCUUGGUGAUCGUCAUGGUCUUCUUCGCCUCGCUCGCUUCCGUUUCCGUCUCCAUCGACUCAACCGACCCAAAUGCUCUCUAUAAUCGACAGCAAUACGUC